CAGAGUCACGACGACGUGGUGACAUCCAGAGGAUCAUUAUCCUCACGACUGAUUUAUUAUUUUUUUUGUUCAUUAAUGAUUAUAUUUUAUAUAAUAAUAAUAAUAAAUAUUUAUUAAAUUUAUUAAAUUAUUUAUCGAAUUAAUUAGAAAUACUAAAUAAUUUUGCAAAACAAUUUUCGAAAUGAUUUUCUUUGUUGAUUAAUUUAUAUAAUUUUUAAAGUUUAAAUUGUUUUUUUUCGAGAGAGAUUAUUAGCAAGUGUUGAGGACUUAUAGGCAAUUAUUUAAAUUUAUUAAUUAUUUUGUUGGUAUAAUUUUGUUUUAUAAUUUAUAAAUUAAUUGUGUUGUUUAUUGUGUCGGUGAUUUUAAAAACGUGUUUGUGUUUAUAUUGUGACAAAAAUUAUCGGGUGACAUUUAAGCUAGGUUUGAAAAUUUCCCGCGCGCUUAAUUUACAAAUAAAAAAAUUAAAUACAUUUAUUAAUUGAAUCAGUGAUGUUUCGAAAAUAAUUAAAAUUAAAAAAAAAAAAAAUGUAAAUAGUGCCAAGAAAGAUUAGAAAAAUUAAUAUCAAAUUAAUUGUUGAAAUCUUUUUACAUUGUAUAAAAUUAGAAAAUCAACAUCACCAAAAAUGUGGAAAGACAGCGGACCAACUAUGGACAAUUCGACAUACGUGCCGAAUCACCUUCCACCAUCGUCCUUGGUUGUAUUUUCACAGGCUGGGGGACUCCCCGAUGCCCUGAGAAUGCAGAGACCCUUCAAUCCACAAGUGACAGAUUCAAAGGAUCUUCAGGUACCAUUUAGUACAGCAGCAUCAUUGGGCUACGGUCUUCAUCAUAUGCUACAUUUACCACACCAAUUUCUUCAUCCACUUGAUCCACGUUCACCAUUUGGUGCGUUUAGACCACUUGGUCCAUCAGCAUUUGCACCACCAAGUAAAUGUUUAAAAGUUGAAACUGGUAAUACAAGUGUAUCAUCUGGUUUAGCAAGUAUAAGUUCCUUGUCAAGUAUGUCUAAUAUAUUUUCACCAUCAUUACCAUCAUCUGGUGGUGGAAUAACACAAAAUAAUAAUUUAACAACAUCAACUGGACAAGAUAAUAAUAUUGCACCACAAAGUCCAGCUGGUUCAGCUAGUAGAUCACCACUUGGUAAUGCACCUGGUUCAACUUGUCCAUCAAAUAGAGGACAAAGUCCUGAUGAUGAUGAUCGUGAUACAAAUGCAACACCUGGAUCAGAAAAUACGGAACGUUCAACACCAGAAGAAGGACGACCUUACAGACUGGGGCCUGUAUUCGGGGGCCGAUGCGGCGCGGAGGCGCUUGGUCUGGGGCUGGGACUGUCACUGGGCCCGGCCUACAGGUUCGCACUGCCCCCGGGACUCGCUGCCAAGACCACUCGUUGCCUUGUUUUCGACCAAGGUAAGAAAAAAUUUACAUCUGAUCCAUCAUGCUGUCCAGUAUGCAGUGUAACACUUCGACCACAAGAAUUAGAACAACAUUUUGCCCAAGAAUUAGAUCGUUUAUAUAAAAUAUCAUUAAAUAAUAGACCAAGACAAAGAUCAAUAUUACCACCAAAUAAUACAGAUAAUAUACAUGGACAAAUGUUACAUGCACCAUCAACAACUGAUGGUACAUUACAAGGUAGAUGGGAAACAUAUAAAAGAAUACGUUCAAAUCGUCAAGCAAGAAUACGUGUUAAAAAUCGUAAAAGAAAAGUUGAUGAACCAUCAUGUCCAGUAUGUAGUGAAAGAUUAACUGGUACAUCUGAUGAACUUAAUCAACAUGUUGAAAGAUGUCUUCAUAAACAUAAUGGUGCUAAUAGUACUGGUACAAUUAAUAUGGAUGAUGAAGAAGUUGAUGUUGAAGGUGAUACUGAUACCUUUGAAGAAUACGAAUGGGCUGGACAAAGAAGAAUUAGAGCAACUUCAAUGUUAAUUGGUGGUUUUACUGCUGUUGGAUUAGCAACAUCAUCACGUGGUAAUGGUGGUGCAUCAUCACGUCAAGAAGAAGAAGAGGAUCUUGUUGUUGAUGGUGAUGAUGCUGUACAAUUUGGUCCAGCUCAAUAUUCUGAGGCUGAUGUUAUUGCACCACGUGUUGAUGGUACACCACGUGAACAAAAAGAACGUGAUGCACUUAGAGAAGCUGUUAUAUCACCAAAUGCACCAUUAACACCACAUACACCACCAGAUCAACCACAUGGUGCACAAGUUGAAAUUAAACCGGAACCAGGUAUUAUUAAUAAUUCACCAUCAUCAACACCGUCAUUAUUAAGACAACAAAAUGAAGAUGUACAAAUGUCAUCAUCAUCACCUAGUAAUGAUAGUAAUGAUACACCUGUUGUUGAUGCACUACGUAAUAGAAUACGUGAUUUAGAAAAUGAAAUGAGAGGACAACCUUUUAAAUGUCUCAUUUGUAUGGAGCAGUACAAAAAACCAGUGACAUCAGUUUGUUGUUGGCAUGUACAUUGUGAACAGUGCUGGCUUCACACACUGGGAGCAAAAAAAUUAUGUCCACAAUGCAACAUGAUAACGUCACCAACGGAUCUCAGGCGAAUUUACAUGUGAAGAUUAACUGUAAAUAUCAACUGGUCCAAUAUGAAAGUGAACUAGAAAAAAAAAUGAUAAUGAAAAAAAAAAAAAAAUACUGUAUAUUUUGUAUAUUUAUUAAGUUGAUUAAAAAAAUUUUUCCCAAAACCCUUGUGACAUCCUAUUUAACAUUUAGUAAAUUAACAUGUCUAGCUGAUAAUUAGCAAAAGAAAUAAUAAUAAUUAAAAACUAAAUAAAAAAAUAAUAAUAUAAUUAUAUAAAUUAAAAAAUUAUUCAAUCAUAUUAGCCGUUGUCCUGCCCUCGAUAAAAAUUCACAAAUACUUGUAUUAAUAAGUGAAAAAAAAAUAAUAAAUAUAUAUAAUGUAAUUACCAUCAGAAAAAAAAUUGAAUUUGAUAGAAAUUAAAAUUUCGAAAUUUAUAAAAAUCGACGGGCCACGGUGACAUCCGUCCUCGACAUAUGAAAAUGAUGAUAAAAAAAAUUCUUUGUGUAAAUAUAGCUUGCAAAAUGAAUGAGAGAAUAAAAUAUUUAAAAAUGUCCCGAAAAUUGAAAAGAAAAAUGAAAUGUAUUCAAAAUAAAAAGACCAUUUGAAAUGUG